UGUAGCUAAAGAGAAGCACUUUCAAAGGGGAAGGAAGUAUGGAACUAUGGAUAGAUGUAGAAAGAAGAUGAAAAUGGAGAGGGAAGAAGAAGAGGAGAUGGAGAAGUUGUACACAUUGCUUAGUAAUGCAAAGGAAAUGCGGAAAUACAUUAUCAGCUCCAUGGAGAAGAAGAGACAGGAAAAAGAAAUUAGAGCGAGGGUUCAUAAAUUUCAUUCGCUCCAGCCAGAGGAUUUCAUUUUCAUGAAUGAAGCAGAGGCCAACAAUAAAGAAAUUGCAGCUAGUGCAAGCUCUUCAGCAUCCAAAGAAUGGCUCAAGGACGAGAAAGAGGAAUCUGAGACUAACGUUUGUUUAGACUUGAAACUUUCUCUGUAG